CAGUGAUUGUAAAAGUGGAAGGAUGAUGGGGUAAAGCGGGUGGGAACUGAUCUUGUGAAAAGAGGAACCAAGAAGGGGGGUUUAUGUUAGAACGACAUUUGGACGAAAGAUCUUUAGAUGAAAUCUGAUCAAGUCGCAUCUCACAUCACAUCACAAGAUCAGAGGAAACCUAGAAGCGGUGGAAAUCUAGCAUGCACAAUGCCACCUGAAUUUGACUUGAACCUACUCCCCUCUCCUCUUUCUCCCGUCCCCACAUUACAACACCACCUCCCCCCUUCCCCACUUCCUCACCUUCUCUAUCUCGCAUCAAACGACAACUUAACAACAACAGCAACAAGUCAAAUCAGUACAACCACGCAUAGCAAAGCACAGCAAAAGUCUCUCUCCCCUUCCUUCAACUUCUAUCUCCACCCCUCCACCUCAACGAAAGAAAACCCCAUCGAACUUUUAAAACAAAUCUCGUCUCUCCAUACCCUCCAACCUUCCAUGCCAUCGAUGCCAUCCAUCCAUAGCCUAGCUCAGUUCAGCUCAAAUAGGUAUCUGCCCGCCCAAUCCAUAUCUGUGUCCCAAUCCCUUUCCAUACGCCUUUUCCCAGUGAUCGAUUGCCCGAUUCCUGAAUCUCAAUCCCAAUCCCAAGCCCAAGUCCCAAAGCAAUAUGGUUGAUUGAUAGAUUGAACAGAAUGAAAAAUGCCACC